AUGAGCUGUACUCCAAGCUCCUUACAGGGCGUCGACAUGAGGAAUUAUACAGGCUUCCUACAUGUAGGGGCGAUUAACAAAUAUAACAGGAUUGCUCACAUGGCAGACCGGUUGCUUGGAGCGGCGAAGGGCAAAGGCAAACAGAAGGGCACUGCAGCCAAAGGAAGAGGCAAGCAUAAGAGCAGCGCUGAUGCCGUCUUUGACGACCCAACCUACCUUGAUGAAGUUGUGGACCUGGCGCCAUUCUGGGCAACCAAGGGAACAGGCAAGCAGAAGGGUACGUGUGUUGCCAAAGGUAGAGGCAAGCAGAAGAGAAGCGCAAAUGCCUGUUUUGCCGACCCAAUCUGCCUGGAUGAACUUGUGGACCUGGCGCUAUUCUGGGCAGCCAAGGGAAAAGGCAAACAGAAGGGCACUGUAGCCAAAGGAAAAGGCAAGCAGAAGAGCAGCGCUGAUGCCGUCUUUGACGACCCAACCUACCUUGAUGAAGUUGUGGACCUGGCGCCAUUCUGGGCAGCCAAGGGAAAAGGCACACAGAAGGGCACUGCAGCCAAAGGAAAAGGCAAGCAGAAGAGCAGCGCUGAUGCCGUCUUUGACGACCCAACCUACCUUGAUGAAGUUGUGGACCUGGCGCCAUUCUGGGCAGCCAAGGGGAAAGGCAAACAGAAGGGCACUGCAGCCAAAGGAAAAGGCAAGCAGAAGAGCAGCGCUGAUGCCGUCUUUGACACCCAACCUACCUUGAUGAAGUUGUGGACCUGGCGCCAUUCUGGGCAGCCAAGGGAAAGGGCAAGCAGAAGGGUACGUCUGUUGCCAGUCCGGACCACGUUGAAAAGAAGGACUGCGUCAAGUGCUUCGCAUGCGGCGGUACCGGCAAGCAAGGUCGCGAUCUUUGUCUGCUGUGUUCUCUGCGAUUUGCGCCUGGGUGGCUCAGUGCAGAUUAUGCAAAUGUUCGCCAGCGAUGUUUUGGAUGCUUCGGCACAGGACAGCAGAAUGGAGACAUGUGCGUGGUUUGCUUACAGCAUGAUCCUGGGACCCUGCCGAAGGACAGGCGCAGGUGCCCACAGUGUGGUGGCACAGGGAGGCGUGCUGGUGAGCCUUGCAUGGCAUGCUUCCUGCAAGGAGAGCCGGGUUGCGCCAGUGACCUGGCCGAGACUUUCUUAUGAUGUUGGCAUAUAUCGUCUCCUGCCUCAGCGCGCAGUCUUCAAAGUUUCAAGUGGAAUCGAACAUAGACUGCCAGGUGCGAAGGUAGUUUCAUCAAGCAAGAGUGUUGGUUGUGCACGGUCCACUGCGCAUGAACGAACGAAUGAGUGA